AGGCAACCAGCAUUUGUCGCCACUCUGAACGCAUAAUUACUUCCGUUUACAUUGUCUACCAAAAGUUUUCUUCACUCUCAGUUAAGAAGACAUCCCGAUUCCAAACAUUUGACCUAUUCGCCGCCCUACCCGACAGCUGACUUUCCUUGUCAAGCGACUCAUACCCUAUUCAAGACAUUGUUGCAAAUUGAUCCUCAACAGCUGCUACCCCCUUUAACCCUACUUCGACGCUGACUGACUACAUUGUUUGGCCUCACCUGACAACCAAAACCCCAACCAGCACCACAAUUUUCUGUUAUAGACUCCGUUUCCCCUUUGCAUAGACGGUAACAGUAAUCAUGGCGGACAACACUACACAUUCUCACCAACAGUCAGGGUCUGUUCCCAGACAAAGAGCAUAUUGCGACGAGAUGCAGCGCAAAACCCGCGAGGAACGCGGCUUCUCUAAGACCGAGUCUUCGCUCCCAGAUCUCUCCAAGUCGUCCAAACGUGUGAGCUCUGGCUCGCACGGAUUCAAGUUGAGCAAUAUCCUAUCGUUUUUGGGCAAUAAGAAUCCCAAGCCUCGACCCAUCACAGCCGAAGACACCGUCUGGCUGCUUGACAAUGUCGCCUUUCGGGACGAGGCCAGCGGCCGCUGGGCUGCAGAGUUCGUCGCGGUUGCCAUGGAUCAGAAGCCCAGCGUCACGCCAUUUGAUGCAGUGCAGGCAGUCGCGCGAACCAUGGGCCUCAACGAGACGGACGAGGGCCUUGAAAUCCUCGAGCAACGCCUGAUGCCAUUUUUGCAGGACAUUUUGCCUGGUCGCGAGGUUAUCGCGUUGCAUAGGGGCCAGCAACGUCUUAGGCUUGGUCCGGGUGGCAGAAACGGAAUCAGUAGCGACCUGCGUCAUCUCCCCGACAAUACACCCGGGACGGUUGUCAAGACUGUGGCCCAGGUUCCCGAGGGUGCGGACGGCAUACUGACAAUGAAAACCUUCUUCGCCGAGCCCGAGGGUUGGGCUGUGGUGUCUGAUAUCGACGACACCAUCAAGAUUACCCAGACAUCUGAUCCGAUCGGCAUCCUCCGCAAAACUUUCCUUGACGAGCCGACGCCCGUCUCUGGAAUGCCGGAACUUUAUGCCUGGCUUCAUGAAAAGAUAACACCCGCGGCCCCUUGGUUCUACCUAUCGGCCAGUCCGUACAAUCUUUACCCGUUCUUGAGCGCUUUCAGGGACAUGUACUUUCCGCAUGGGCAACUGAUCCUUCGAGAUCAGAGUUGGAUGAGCAUCAGCGGCCUGCUCAGCAACCUGACGCUCGGGACGGAGGAGUACAAGGUUUCCAGGCUACAGAAGGUGCAUAAUUGGCUACCGAAGCGCCAGAUGAUUUUGAUCGGUGACAGCACACAAAGUGACCCUGAAGCUUAUGGCGAGAUAUACCGUGGUAACCCUGGAUGGGUCAAGCUUAUCCUCAUUCGUAAAGUCACUGAUAUUGCUGCAGUUGGGAUCGAGAGCAAGAACGAACCCAAGAGGUUUGAGGAAGCAUUUGAAGACGUACCGCAAGAGGCAUGGCACGUGUUUGAAGAUCCUGCAGAGUGCCAGAAGCACAUUGAACGGGUCAUGGCGGCGUAAGGGAAGCCUAGGCAUGGCUUGAUCUCGGUCUGUUUAUUUGAUUAGUUGGAUAGGGGGUUGUGGGUUGGUGUCCUCAGAGUAGUGAAGAAUGUUUUUUUUUCUAGCUGAUGGGAUAUCCUGUACUUUGUUUUGUUUAUUUAACCUAAUGUUGGCAUUAGAUAGGUCCAGUUUCCUGUAUUUCAAGAUUGAUUGUAACAGUCUUA